CCCUCAGUCCGAGCUUGUCUCUGACGCACCGCGAUCUUGAUCAUCCCUGUUUCCCCCUUUUCCGGGCUGUCCCGAAGCCGCCGGCAGGUGACUGAAUCCAGCUUGGGGGUUGAUGAGCGCCGGGUGGGCGGGCGCCGGCCACUUGCGCUGCGGCGGGCCAGAGGAGAGAGCGCGCUCCUGUCGCCCCUGCGCCCGCAGAGCAUAGGCCCCACGCACUCGCCCGUCAGCGCCCCGCCCGAGGCCCUCCCCUUCGGGCUGGAAGCGGCAGAGGACCCCUGCCCGGGACGAGGUCUGUGGCGACGCCGACAGCCAGGGUCGAGGCCCGACCUCUCAAAGACCUUGCUCUGCGGCCUCGACUCUUCCCAUUCGCCCGCUCGCCCGUGAGGCCCUACCCGGCAGCCUGGGGCUGGGCGCUCAGCACCUAGGGGGCGCGGGGGCCGGGGAUGGGGCGCGGGAACUGGGCCUAUUUUCCGUACGGAGGCGGCACCGCUGACCUCCUAGCCUCAGCGGGGUGUCUGGCGGGGUCGCCGGGGGCGAGGAGCAGAGCACGGGCGGAGCUGCCCCGGAGCCCCACCCCAUCCAGCCCGCUGCCUCGCCCUGCCCCGCCCCAACCGGGAUCGGGGUGUGGUCCCGAGUUUCUACCGUGGCUUCCAGCUUUGCGUCCAGCUCCCAGGAACCUUCCAACGCCCGCAGCCCGUUUCCUGGAAACGGUGCAGGCCGCGCGCCUCGCUUUCCCUCAGCCGGCCUGGCCCGCGAGAACGUUCUGACGCCCCCGGGGAACGCCUUCCACCGCGCGACACUGUCCAGGGAACGCUCUUAUCAUCCCUCGUUGCCAACUGCAGAGCAGCGGCGGGGAGCAUGCAGGACUACGACGAGGUGACUGCCUUCCUGGGCGAGUGGGGGCUCUUCCAGCGCCUCAUCUUCUUCCUGCUCAGCGCCAGCAUCAUCCCCAACGGCUUCAACGGUAUGUCAGUCGUGUUCCUGGCGGGGACCCCGGAGCACCACUGUCGGGUGCCGGACACAGCGAACCUGAGCAGCGUGUGGCGCAACCACAGCCUCCCGCUGCAGCUGCAGGACGGCCGCAAGGUGCCUCACAGGUGCCGCCGCUACCGGCUCGCGACGAUCGUCAACUUCUCGGCGCUCGGGCUGGAGCCGGGGCGCGACGUGGACCUGGAGCAGCUGGAGCAAGAGGGCUGCCUGGAUGGCUGGGAGUUCAACCAGGACAUCUACCUGUCCACCAUCGUGACCGAGUGGAGUCUGGUGUGUGAGGAUGAUUGGAAGACGCCCCUUACUACCUCCCUGUUCUUCGUAGGCGUGCUCCUCGGCUCCUUUGUGUCUGGGCAGCUGUCAGACAGGUUUGGCAGAAAGACCAUCCUCUUCGCAACCAUGGCUGUGCAGACUGGCUUCAGCUUCCUGCAGAUUUUUUCCAUCAACUGGGAGAUGUUCACCAUGUUAUUUGUCAUCGUCGGCAUGGGCCAGAUCUCCAACUAUGUGGUGGCCUUCAUACUAGGAACAGAAAUUCUUGGCAAGUCAGUUCGUAUUAUAUUCUCUACGUUAGGCGUGUGCACAUUUUUUGCAGUUGGCUACAUGCUGCUGCCGCUGUUUGCUUACUUCAUCAGAGACUGGCGGAUGCUUCUGCUGGCGCUGACGGUGCCGGGGGUGCUGUGCUUCCCGCUGUGGUGGUUUAUUCCUGAAUCUCCCCGGUGGCUGAUAUCCCAGAGAAGAUUUAGAGAAGCUGAAGAUAUCAUCCAAAAAGCUGCAAAAAUGAACAAUGUAGCUGCCCCAGUGGUGGUUUUUGAUCCUGUGGAGGAGCUAACCCCCGUGAAGCAGCAGAAAGUUUUCAUUCUGGACCUGUUUAGGACUCGGAAUAUUGGCACAAUAACAAUUAUGUCCUUGCUGCUAUGGAUGCUCACCUCAGUAGGUUACUUUGCUCUGUCUCUCAACACUCCUAAUUUACAUGGAGAUGCCUACCUGAACUGUUUCUUCUCUGCCUUGAUUGAAGUUCCAGCUUACAUUACAGCCUGGCUGCUACUUCGAACCCUACCCAGGCGUUAUAUCAUAUCUGGAGUACUGUUCUUGGGAGGAGGUGUGCUUCUUUUAAUUCAACUGGUGCCUGCAGAUUACAACUUCUUGUCCAUUGGUCUGGCCAUGUUAGGAAAAUUCGGGAUCACCUCUGCCUUCUCCAUGCUGUACGUCUUCACUGCAGAGCUCUACCCAACCCUGGUCAGGAACAUGGCUGUGGGGGUCACAUCCAUGGCCUCCAGAGUGGGCAGCAUCAUUGCUCCCUACUUUGUUUACCUUGGUGCUUACAACAGAGUUCUGCCCUACAUCCUCAUGGGAAGCCUGACUGUCCUGAUUGGAAUCAUCACUCUUCUCUUCCCUGAAAGUUUUGGAAUGACUCUACCAGAGACCUUAGAGCAGAUGCAGAAAAUGAAAGGGUUCAGAUAUGGGAAAAAAACAAAAGAUUCAGUGGAGAAAGAAGAAAAUCCCAAAGUUCUAAUAACUUCAUUCUGAUAAAAUUCCCACCCUAUUUGGUGAACUGAAAAACAGAUCCUAAGACUAUGAAGACACUAAAGCCUUUCCUGAUGAAAUGGACUGCCUAUGAAGAUUAACACUAAAAUGGACCUUGCUAUUAAGAAAUGCUUGUCAUAUGGCAAACUCUGGACCACGCUUACAGAUAAGCUCCUUAUUUUAAAAAACAAACCAUUUCCAGAAAAUCCUCCGUACUAAUUAAUUCGAUGAAAUGGGUUUGCAGGAUUUUUACAAAACGUGUUGGUCAAGGACUGGUAAAUCCAUAUAAAGAUUAACAUGCAUUUCCAAAUACAAAUACUAUCCAAAUUUUUAAAGAAGUCAUUGAAUUAACACAACUAUCAGGCUUGGGUGUGUGUGUGUGAGUGAGUAAACCAGCAAGUUCAAAAUUACAGUAGUUUUUGAAGUGAACUCAUACACUGCUGUAGCCAAAUGAUUAUAAGGAGUAUUCCUAUCCAGGAAAUUUUAUAUACUACUUUGAGAGGAAUUGAUGGCAGAUUUUAAUAGCAUUUUACAAGUGAAAUGCAGCAAGAGAUCAAGUAGCCUGGCUCAGAUGGCCUGUCAGCCUUUAAGAAGGGAACCAAGGCAGUUCCUAGCUGCAAUUUCAGCAGCUAUGGCUCACAGCCUGUUGAAUGGUCCACAUUUGUGCUCUCUGUGAACACUUGACUAAGCUUUCUGUUCACUAAGACUGGUUUAAGAGACCUUUUUUUGGUAAAUAGAGAAUCAGGAAAACUGCAAACUAGUUAGAUUGGUAGAGGUGGUUUGUGUGCCCCAUAGCCAAGAGGGGUCAGCACCCAGGAAGAAGGCUGUCCAAGCCAAGAAUCUGGAGAGCCUUUUAAAACAGUUCUUUCCCUUAAUACAUCCCUUCCUAAAUCUGGUAUGCAGUUGUAUCCUCUUCAACCAGGGGUGCAUCUGGUUCCAGGAAUGAGCAAGGUAAAAGGUAAAAGCCACUAAUGGGAUAAUGUAUUAGCAUAAACUCAGAAGAUGAGUGUCAGCUCUGUGUCUCAUCACAUUUUAGGCAUGCUGACAUGAAAACAUAGCAAGAAGUUCGUCCUGGAGACCUGGGCAGCAUGCUUUCACCAAGGGCGGCUCCUUUUGGAGCAGCACGUGACAAGCUACUGACCCUUUAACAUAUCAGUGCAAUGGUGCACCUGUAGAAUAGGCAGCCACUAGUUUUUAAUAUGCUGCUUGGUGGCAUCAUCUCCUAAAAUUAAUUAUCCCCAAAUGUAAAUAUUCACUAUCUAAAUAUUUUUCAAAGGAACCUUUGAUGUAACAUCUUGGUAAACAAUCCUUAUUUCUUUAAGAUCUUUAUCUGGAACUUUUCUGAUUAACUCAGAAUUUUUCUUUAUAUUGCCAUAUUUCUAACACAUAUUUUAUAUCCUACUGACACAUUGAUCCCACCUUUUGAUUGUUACUUUAAAAUCCAGUAGAAUAUCUUAGAAUAGUUUAUGCUUUGUCAUUGGGGACUCAGGUGCACAGCUUCAUCCACCCAGUGCCUUUAUCUUCCCCACUGAUGCGGCCUGUCUGGAUCACCUUUCCACCUACCCUGCCAGACAGUAGUAGCUGCCUGUCCUGCAAAGAACAGGCCCUGCUGCCUUUCAGGAAGCGCUCCUUGAACUUCCUUCCCACCAGCAGCGACUGUUCACUCCUCUGUGCUCUUCUGGUACUUGUUACCUUCACUCAGUUGGGCUCUUGUCUAGUUGUCCCCCCCGACACACAACAUGUCUAUAAGCCUCCAGGAGGCCAGGGACCUAACUUUGCUUAUCUUUUUAUCCGUUGCAGUGCUGCUUACUGUAGUGCUUUCUUGCAUGUAACAGGCAUUUGAGGAUAUUCAUUUUAAUUAAAAUAUUUUGUAACAC